GGAAACUAAAUGAUAUAUUAUACUACACUGAACAGGCUGUAAAAGUUACGGUAUAUAUGUACGUGUCAAAUUUACUUUCACUUCCUGAAACACAUCAGCUGACAUCAUGUCGGAAGGGAGAAACAACAACAAAAGUGACUUUAAAAAAGUAUGAACUGUAUUUGUCAUAUCGCACCUGUUGCAGGUGUGUUUAUCUUCAUAACCUGAGAUCUGAGAUCAGCUUUAUUCGUCUCUGAGUCAUCUGACCAUGGAGGUGCGGACCAACAGGAGAGGAGCGACUGAACGUUUUCUUCUGGGGCAGCACUUGAAGCUGAAUGACUUGAAACUGGAAGCUCGUUCCCGAAGUUUGGAAAUCCCUCAAUACUUCUUCAGAAAACUCCCGCCUUACCCCCGACCUGAGCUCCAGGUGUCACACCUGAAACACGACACGGAUCGAGGAGGGUUGCUCGGUAUAAAGCGUGACGGCGGCUUCAGGGGCGCAGACCGUCAGCAGUGGUGGAGUCUGGCGGUGAAACCUGAGGACAUCUCUGCAGCUGAGACGAGGCUCCUGGAGGAGACCUACCCGGACCGGACUGAGGAGCAGGCCCAGACGCAGCAGAGCUUCCUGGGGAGGUUUGCCACCUCCCCGGCCUUCCUGGAGACCUCCAGGCUGGGCUCGUACCGCUUCACCUUCCCCGUGGAGGAGGUGCUGGAGGCCUACAGCCAGCAGUUCUGCAGCGGAGCUCCGCCCAUCCUCCGGGUGUUCGAGACCGUCCUGUACAAACAGGAAGUGAUGUAUGUGGUGCUGGUUCACAGCCCGGCCAAUCAGGAGUUUCAGGAGCUUCCUUUGCUGAGUGACGACCCCACGGUCUGUGUUUACAAAGAUGGCCGCUUCAUCUGGAGCUGUCAGGCCAUGUGUGAGACACACAGUUACCAGUUGGUCCAGAGACCUGAUGAAAACCAGAUGGAGGUUCGGGAUCGGUCGGGGGAGAAACCCCAGUUUUACUUUUGGGAUCAUGUCGCCAUCGCCCUGCACGUGGAGGAAGGACAGGUUCUGAACUUUGACGAUCACAAACUGAGAGAGAACCUGAAGGUCUGCGGCCCAGGAGAACCUCUGAUCACCAACAGCUUCGACAGUUUCACGGAAGCUGAAGAGGUCGUUCAGCGCUUGUGGCCCGACUGUCCGGCGCCACAGGAGAACGACCACUUGCUCCGGGAGUUAUUCUCUCAUUGGCUGUAGCUUGAUGUCUGUCAGGUGGUCCAGGUGUUCUCUCACCCAUCUGAUCACGUGAUGUGAACUGAGCUCUGACGGACGAGUCAGCAACAGAAGAAGAAGAAAAUCAUCUCUGUACUGUUGAAUCAUGACGACAGCCUUGAUCACGUGCAGAGAAAACAGACGCUGAUUUGCAUUUAACAAAAAAAAAAUCAGAGGUGCUUUUAAAAACUUUUACUAUCGACUGUUUUUAAAGCAUGAAUGUAUUUCCGUGUUAUUUAUGUCAUACCUGCAGAAAUGUGUUGUAAAGAUGAGAAUAAGUGAUUUGAAUUGACUGCUCUGAUAAAAUGGACUUUC